AUUUAAUUAUUUAACCAUUUAUGGCACCUUUAAUCGAAUUCAAUUACACAGGGCCGAGUGUGUGUGUAGUCGCAUCUGUGGACAGCUCGGGGCCCGCCCUGGUUGUGUCAAAUUAGCGUGAAAUAGUUAGUAAAUUGACAAAGAAGUGGCCAAAUCGGAAAGCUCUCUUCCGCGGUUGUAUGUAGUAAAUCGUCCAAAUCGUUGUAGUUGUAGUAAUUCUGCAUAUAUAUAUAUAUAUAGACCAAGGGUGCGGCGCGGGUGUGAAGGUGUGCUGCAGUGCGGUGCAGUUGCUGCGUUUCCAUGUUGCGGCAUUUUAAUGACGAAAUUAUUUUUGGAUAAGUGUUUAAUGAGAGCAGCCAUCGAAUUGUCAGAAUGGAAAGUGAACGGUUACGUAUCACACUGGACAAUCCCGACGGGAUCUACUUUGCCGGCGACAUCAUACGCGGAGAGAUCUGGAUGAAUGUGAACAAGCGGACGAAGAUUCGCGCCAUUAAAAUCCAAGUCACUGGGAAAGGAAAAUGCAAGUGGAUGGAGAUACUGCGCAAGAACUCAAACAACAAUGAGUACACGCGUAGUCUGUUCUACACCAGCAAGGAGAUAUACGAGCACAGCGAGACGCCUCUGCCGGACUUUGAGCCGCGCGGCCUGGAGCUCUCCGCCGGCGAGCAUACGUUCAUCUUCAAGGUGGCCCUGGGCCGGCAGCUGCCCUCCAGCUUCAAGGGCAGCUACGGCAGCAUCAAGUACAAGAUGCGUGUCCUCAUCCAGCGGCCCUGGACAUUCGAUGAGCGCCACAAUAUCGGCUUUACGGUGGUCAAGAACAUUCCGCUGCAGGCCAUGCAACGCACCGUGUCCAGUCCCCUGGAGAAGCAGAUAACCAAGACGAUCAGUCUGUUCGGCACGCGCCCCAUCACGAUGGUGGCUCUGCUGCCUGAGGACUUUGCAGUGCGGGGCGAGCCGCUACGCAUCUGCGUCACCGUCAUGAACAACAGCACCACGAAUGUGGAGAAGCUGCGCUUCAGUGUGCUCCAGUAUGUGACAUACUACAGCCAUGUGCCGCUGCGCGUCCAGAAGGUCGAGUGCAUUGCCAUUGCCAACAAGGAGACGGGCUCCGUGCAGAAGAAGAGCGAACGGAGCUUCGCCCACGAGCUCCUCAUGCCGGAGGGAGCCCAACCGACUGACGAUCAACUGAGCGGGGUGAUCACCAUUGUCUACGAGCUGCGUGUGGAGGCAGUGCUGCGGGGAUUCUUCAAGAAUCUGGUGCUAAAUCUGCCCUUCAAGGUGUACUCGCAGGACGCGUCGAACCGUCUGGGCUCGAUGCGUCCCACGCCCCCACCCAGACCGGCGAACGGACCGCCCGGACCCGAUGCCAACGGAACGAUGGGCAAUCCGUUCGAGCCCGCACCCACCGGAGGAGCCUGGCAGGUGAUUCGCACGCUGGACUCUUCGAUUGGCUCGCCAUCGCGUUCCUCGCAGUUCAGCGAAUGCAGCUCCCUCAACUCCACCACCUCCGAUUCGUCGACGGCCACGCUCAGUCCCGCUGUGGGCGGUGUGGAGCUGUCGUACACGUCGGGCGGGUCACAAUCCUCGCAGUAUGGCUCGCAGUACGGCUCGCAGUAUGGCAGCCCCUCGGCCAGGGCCAGUCUGCGCAGCUCCAAUGUCCCGUAUAUGCCUUAUUCGUCCAGCCCGAUGAUGGUGCAAUCGUAUCCGCCACCGCAUUUGCCAACCUAUCCGCUGCCAGAGUCGCCCCAGUACUCGCUGCUGGCGAUGACGCCGCCGCCACCACCCCAGCCCGUGCCCCCAGUGGCCCCCGCCCCGGUCAGCGGGUACAGUCAAUUGCCAUCCACAACGGCAUCAUCAUCGUCUGCAUCGUUUCUGCAGCCACGCCAGCCGCCCGGCGUACACGAGUUGCCGCCAUCCUAUGAAGAGCUGUUUGGUCGGGCCAAUGCCCCCGCGGAGACAACGACAACGUGAGCGAGCUGUGAGCCGACGCCUUCCUCUGCGACACCCAGUUACGUCCAAGCUUUGCCUAGAUUUUAGAGCUUCAGGUUUACUUUAAUAGUGUUAUCGAAUAUCAAUAGGUAUAUCGAAUAUAUAUAUCAUAGACAGAACAAUCGGCAAUGUGUGCGCACAAUUUAAUUUAAGGCUUGAAUUUACACCAAAAUGGAGGCACACAAAAAUGAAUGAAUGAAAAGAAUUUGAUCUGUUUUGGUGUAAAUUUGUUGUACGCUUUUGUUAGCAUUUUUUUUUGAAACGAGGCAAAUAAUUUGAUCUUGUUCCACUUUUGUAUCUAAAUAGUUGUUCCAAUCAUUAGAUAAACCAAUGUAUCUAAAAUCUAUGUGUCUUUUGGAGCCAAAACAAAUAUACUUUAAAGUUUAAAGGGAGAGACCCUAAGUAAAAAAUCAUAAAAAGACUACAAAAU